GGCAAACACCAUCUUCAGACUGCUCGUGGGGAAGCAUCAGUUGCGAAGUGAGGACAUAAAAUUACACCAAGCAAGCUGAAAUUCAAGCCUUGCUGUUCCAGCAGUGACAUUUAGCGGUUAAUGUGCACCCUCCACACGCAGCAGCUGCAGGGUUUUGUUACUGUCACUUACCAAAACCUUUGGUGUGCCCAGCUUUGAGCCAGAACUCGCAGGCCCAGAGGCACCACUGUGUCACCAAGAGCCCUUUAGUGUAGCAUGACAUCUGAGAGACUUCAGCAGGAUAGAGGAGUGCUCUGGUACUGAGAGAAACCCUGUGAUUCACGAAAGCCACCAUGAAAGGUGAGGAGGUUCGGCAGAGGAGAAAAGAGGGCAGGACUAGGAAUGGAGAGCGAUCCAGGCACAAAGCAAAGAGCAAGGGUAAACACAGAGAGAGCCGAUUUGGCAGCCAGGAGGCAGAGGAUGUCUGUCUGCAUGCACAGCAGAAGCCGUUGUCCGAGGAGAAAGCGGCCAUGUCAAAGGCACAGGAAGAGUCAGCCAUCACAAUCUGCCUGCAGGUGCUCCUGCCAUACCUCCUGGCUGGGCUUGGCAUGGUUAUGGCAGGCAUGGUUUUGGAUUAUGUUCAGCAUUGGGCUGCAUUUCAGACAAUAACGGAACUUUUUAUCCUGGUUCCUGCCUUGCUUGGCCUGAAGGGUAACCUUGAGAUGACGCUGGCAUCCAGGCUCUCUACUGCUGCUAACACCGGACAGAUGGAUGAUGCUGAUAGCAAAUGGAAAAUGGCCACCUGCAAUCUAGCCCUUAUCCAGCUCCAGGCCACUGUGGUAGGCCUUCUGGCUGCUGUUGCUGCUGUGAUCCUGGGAGCCAUCUCCAAGGGCUCUAUGGAUGUGAGCCACGCUGCUGUGCUGUGUGCCAGCAGUGUCAUCACGGCCUUCGUAGCUGCAUUUUGUCUUGGUCUGUUGAUGAUUGGUGUGGUCAUUGGAGCCAGGAAAGCUGGGAUCAAUCCAGACAAUGUCGCCACACCCAUUGCAGCAAGCCUUGGAGACUUUAUAACCCUUUCCCUGCUGGCGGCAUUCAGCAGUGGGCUCUUCAAAUUCAUAGAUAUAAAAUUUCUUCCUCCUCUGAUCUGUGCUUUCUUCAUCAUCAUGAUCCCUCUCUGGGUUUCUGUCGCCAAGCGAAGUCCUUCCGUUACUGAAGUCCUGAAAUCUGGAUGGCUGCCGGUCAUUGUUGCUAUGAUCAUCAGCAGCAUCGGUGGGCUUAUCUUGGACAAAACUGUAACUGACCCACACUUUGAAGGCAUGGCAGUUUUCACACCCGUGAUUAAUGGUGUUGGAGGGAGCCUGGUCGCCAUCCAGGCCAGCCGUAUUUCUACAUUCCUGCACUUCUGGAGCAAGCCUGGAAUUUUGCCAUACAGGAUGGAGCAGAAUUGGCCCAACCCAUGCACCGUAUUCUUCUCAUCAGAAGUGAAUUCCAAGUCAGCCCGAGUCCUGUUCUUCCUGGCUAUCCCAGGGCACCUUGUGUUCCUCUACAUUAUCCGUCUGCUGCAAGGAGGCCACAUAUCUCUGUCCUUCACCUUUGUGGUGUUCUAUCUGCUGGCUGCUCUGCUGCAGGUGGGAAUCCUGCUCUACGUGGCUGAAGUCAUCGUGCGCCUGAUGUGGAGGAAGGCACUGGAUCCAGAUAACUUCUCCAUCCCCUACCUCACAGCCCUGGGGGAUUUACUGGGCACAGGACUCCUGGCCGUCUGUUUCCACCUGGUCUGGCUUGUCCACGGCUUGUAGAUGAACCAAGGGGACGAAG